AUGGCGCACCUACUUCAUCUCCCACACGGUGAUGCUGUCCUGACGAUUGCCCUUGAAACUUCCAAUGUCCAAACACGUUUCGCCGCCCGUCAAGAAGCUCUGAGAGCACGCUUUCAUGCUGAGUCUCAGGCUCUAGAGGAAGAGCUUGACCAUGAGAAUCAAGCCUUGCAUCUUCAACUCGAGGAACUUGGCUACCGCGAGACCCGUAUCACUGGCGAUGUACCUGCGAAUGCCAACGAUCAUCCAUCAAGAAUUGUCGAUGCCGAGACGACCAUCAAUGUAGAGCCUAUCGUCGUACCUCCACAGCCGACCUCAGGCCGCCCUGAUGUCGAUGCAAACGCAUCAUUCGACGAAGUAUUGCAGGACGCCCUUCGUAGACUCAGCGAAUUCCCUGAGUUUGCUCACUUCUGCGUCUUGUACCCUGGACUGGAGCUCACACAAUGCCAGGCUUGCCUUGAGCGCCUACCCAGAUCGGAGACAACGCCAGCACCAUGUGACCACAGAUAUUGUGCGAGCUGUAUGACCACUCUCUUCGAGCAUGCUAGCCGUGAUCAGGCGAUGUACCCGCCUCGCUGUUGUAAACAAACCAUCCCUCUUGAUUCUGUUCGGUCUGUCAUCAGUUCCGAGCUGGCCGCCACUUUCACCAAGAAGGCUGUCGAGUUCGAAACGCUCAACAAGACAUUCUGUUCUAACACUGCCUGCAACGAGUUCAUCCCAAACGACCAUGUCAACAAUGACGUGGCUGUGUGCCCGGUGUGCAAUGAACGAACUUGCUCGAUUUGCAAAGGCAAGGCUCACCUCGAUGAUUGUCCCGAAGACGAUACCACCCAGCUGACGCUCCAGCUCGGCGACACUCAAAGAUGGCAGCGCUGCAAUGACUGCCGCAGUGUUAUCGAGCGUUCCGAGGGUUGCAACCACAUUACAUGCCGCGCUGAAUUCUGCUACAUCUGCGGAGCUGCUUGGAGAACAUGUUCGUGUCCUCAAUUUGGCGACCCUGAUGUCCGAGCUGGAGCCACAAACAACACUCGCCGCAGAAUCUAUCAGCCUCCCCCAGCCGCCUCACAUCCCAAUCGCAACGGCACAUAUGCCGUUCCUGACGAUCCUGUCGUUUCACCUCAACCUGAGAGUCCUGCAAUUCCCUCCAGGCCUGCCGUGCCUACUCAGCCGACCAUUCCAGACUUGUUGGCUGACAUUUUUGGCCCACGCCGUAUGACUCUCGCUGAGCGUAGACGCAUAGAUCAGGCACUGCGUUUCAAUAACGAUGCUGCUGAGACUACCAAGCUCCGUAAGCCCUAA